AUGUCCCAAGACAUUGAAGUACGUAAACGAUAUGAAAUGACCGAAGAAUCUAGUCCAGAUAAAGAGGAGAUGACCUUUUCCUCAAGCGAGACCAUGAAAACCUCAGUGGAGUUUAUGCUCAAUCGCAAACGAAAAUGGCUUAUUUUUAACACACAUUUAAACGCUGCCAUCUAUUCAUCCUGUUUCUGGGUUCAGAUCGGAGUGCUGCCGGUAAGUCUAUUAUUUGUGUUCACAAAUAUAUAGCAUCCGACAUUUUAUCCCUGAAUGGAGGGUCUGACAAAACUCUGCAUCAACAUAUUUAGCCCAAUAAAUUUAAUAAUCCCUGAGGCUUUGAGACCCAAAGUUGAAAUCUUUUUACCUUUCGGAAAUUUGUAAAAUACAGUGCAUGGCUUGAAUUGAAAGGAGGGUUUGUUUCUUUCAAAGUUGUUAUUGAUCAUUACGUAACCGUUAACCGCGGAAAGUAUAUUGAACACUGGGCAUACAGCAUAGGUUGUUGCUUUGAAAGACAGCAUGUAUGUUAUUUUCCUGGAGUUCGCCUUGUCUUGUCUUGACUUGUGAGCAAGUUGCCACUGCUUCUUCCCAAGUUGCCACUGCCAAAGGAAAGGACAAGGCAUAACAUCAAGGUGUCCAAGAUGCCCACUGCUACCCAUAAAAUAACUAGAGCAAUAAAAAUAGAAAGAUGGUAUAAACAAUUUUAAUCUAGGUAGUAAGUGAGAAAGAUGUAACUGAUUUUUAUACGCCACAUUAAGCAUGGGGUAAAGAAAAAUCUUAAGUUCUGACAAGAUUCAAACCUUAAACUUGGUAAGCCCCAGGCUCCAGUCUUUCAAAAGGUGGACAAUGCUAUCCACUGGAUAAAUCACUAUCCACUGGAGAGUAGUUUCGCUGGUUAGUUAUUUAUGCUGUGGAUAGCUCUAUCAAACUUUUAAACAACUGUGGUCAGGUGUGUUCAAUAUCCACUGAGCUGUACUGAGAGAUUCAUAGAGAGCAAGGCUGUAUAGUAGGUUCAUGUAUAACAUGCAUCUUGUGGUAAUCUUGAGCAGCAUGAAACCCAUAUACUAUAUUGCUGGUUUUCAGUGUCACGCCAUUUAAAAUAGAUCAAAAUAAAAAUCAAAACCGUUCAAUAGAUAAAGUCCAGAAUCUGGGAAAUGAAAGGAGGUACAUGUACAAAGACCCUAUACGAGAUAUCUGAAGAAAAUAAUGUUUUACCCAAACUUAUAGAGAUUUGUAUGGAGACGCUAUGCUGGUGCUGACCUGGAUGAGCUCCAACAUGGCGGACGGAAACCAACAGAAACAUCUGUUACAGAGUUUUGCUACAAGAGCGAGUAAAUUUAUUCUUCGAGAAACUCAUAAACAUUAAAGCAAUACUUUUUCUAAUACACGAACUGUUUAGAUAGCAAAAUUUCCUGAAAUAAGCAAUUUUUUUAACCUACAUGACAGCUCUCUUGACUGUCAUUUAAAUUCCGCGUCUUGCAAAAGCUUAGAAAUUCAAGCAUACUCUUUUCACGAAACCAAAAACCCUUUUGAAGCAAAAAUUUGUAUGAAAAUUAGUUUUCAGCUCCUCUAAUACAUCGUGAAAGUAAAAUCUCGGUAGGAUCGAUAGUUUUUUAGUUUGAAUUUUAGUGACGUCAUGUGAAAACCAACAAUAUGUAGUUCCUGUCAAUAGUGAGCUGUUAGAAUUCUGUUCAGAAAUGCUUGUAGUUUUGAAGCGUUAACAACAGCCUAGAUCCUGAAUCACUACUUGUAGAAUAUUAAACGAGAAGUUAGGAAGUGCAGGUGAGAUCAAUAGGAACAUUCUUACUUCAAUGCUGUGUCUUGCUAAAGUUUCAUACGGCAGGAGGUCAAAUUGCGUGUGAUCAGAUUACAAGUGACAGAAGGUCCAAACAUGCAUGAUAAAAUUUGAAUUCAUUGUAUCCAUUCAUUUUUAUUGAAAGUUCAAAUAAACACUGGCUCGAUAUGUGCUGCCCAUGCUUAAUGGCAAGUUCCUGGGAUGGAGAUUUAAAAUCGUUGUGGGCUCCAUUGGUUGCCUGUAAUUUUUAUUAGCUAAAUUCUGUCUCUGUAUUAUUUCAGUAUUUAUCCAAGAAGCUUGGAGCAGACCCAGUGGUGUUUGGAUAUCUUCAAACUACUUUUGCUGUGGUUCAGCUUUGUGGUGGUCCCAUAUUUGGAAGAUUUGGCGAUCUUUUUGGAAGUAGAGCAGCUCUUGUUUUAUCAUUUGCUGCAGCAGCUGUCAGCUACUCUAUUCUUGGGUUGGCAUCAACUGUCUCCAUGCUGUUUCUAUCAAGGCUUCCAUCUGUGUUUAUGCAUGCAAUGCAAGGUUAGUACUGAAUGAUAUCAAAUGAUAAAAUGUGUUUUAGAACCUGAAUUGUGUGGUUCCAGAAAAUGCCCUAAGGGUUUUUGGUUUAAACCCUUCUUCCCUCUUAAAAACAUUUGUCUUCCAAGACCCCCCCCUCCCCUUAAGAAUUUGUAUACCCUCUAUGGGGUGGUUAUAUGGAUAUUGUGUGGAAGAAUACAUUUUAUUUAAAAUAAAGAGUGACAAUGAACAAAGAUAUUUACAUCUCCACACUUUUAUAAUAUUUUUGAAGGAAGAAUAUUUUUGAGAACCAAGAAUUACAAUAAUACAUUAUUUCAUAUUGUUUAACUUUCAGGAUCACAAAUGGUUGUAACAGACAUCUCAGAUAAAGAUGGUAAGAACAUUAAAUGGUAUUUGAACAAAUGACUUUGAUACUACAUAAAUUAAAUAUAUAAAAGUAAUAAAUGAUCAACUAAUCAGGUAAUCAGUCAGUAAGGUGAUACCUCUGACCAUCGGUCAUUUCAAUUGGUUACUCAGUCAGUGUGUAUCAACCAGUAAACCCAUCGCCAAUAGAAAAAUCGUUGUGGGCGAAAAAUCAUUGUAGGUGUAGGGAAGGUGUCUAGUCAAACUGAGAGAGCUGCAAGCGGGUGUGUAAGGUAACAAUUACAACCCUGUGAGCAGCAACCACCAGACACUGGCCUAGAGAAGCUUAGGGGAGAGUUUCACUUAGUGACUGUUUAUACAGUAAGAUAGGAAUAACUUUCAGAAUGAAGUUCGCACUACAUUUACAUGAUAAAAUCAACUUGCUCAGCCUUAUAAGGCAUUCUGGUUUGCAUGGUUUUUGGCAUUAGAUCAGAUAUGCAUGCGGCACUCAUCCCCAGAUUACACAAUUUGCAAUUUUCAAUCCAGGACAAAGUUCGUUUUCAGUUUACAUGAUAACAGAAUGAAAUUUCGUACCAGAAUGAGAAUUUCAUUCGGAAUGAAAGCUGGACUGAACUCAUUCUGGAAUGACUUGUACGGGAACAAAAUUUUGUCUCAAUAUCGUGUGAACAGAUGCAAAGAAAUAUUAUAUGGAAAUGGAAUGAACUCAUUCCGGAAUGAAAGUUAUUCUGGUAUCAUGUAAACAGUUUCCUAUACACUUAACAAAACCUAUCCAGAGGAAAGGGACAGGUGGGUUGGAACAAAUCGGCUAAAAAUGACUGAAUGCAAAGGCAACUUGAGCAAAAUGUUUGACCUCAAUAAAAGCAUUGUUAAGUUACUAGAACUAUUCCCAUCCAUCCCUCCCUCCCUCCAGCGCUCCCCCUUUCCUUCUGUCGGUCCGUCCGUCUGUUCAUCUGUUGGUUGGUCAGUUGGUCUGCUGGUUGGUCAGUCAGUCAGUUAAGUCAAGUCAUGAGUUAGUGGGUCAAGUCAAUUAGUCAGUCAAGAUGCUAUAUAUUUAGUUUGUUUUGAUUCUUAAGACUGUCAGUGUUUAUUUGCUGAUUUCUGUAUUUCAUGUUGAUUUUUCCUGACAGGCCGUGCAGAUGCGCUUGGAAAGCUAGGAGUGUCUUAUGCAAUUGGUAUGGUGAUUGGACCAUUCAUUGGUGGCCUUAUUACAAAGAAUUAUGGAGAGCAGUCUGCAGCAUUCUUUGCAGCAUUUUUCUCUUGUCUGAGUAUCAUCCUUGCCUUUUCUUUCAUCCCUGGAAACACUAAGGCAAUGUCAAAAGAAGAGAAACCUGCAACUGAUGACACUGGUGAGUCUCUCCCUGUUGCUAGAAGGUGAUAUCCUUAGACUUGAAGCAGUCUCCUAUUUUUCUAUUCAAAGUUACUCCUAGCAUAACCCAUAAUGCACUUUAGUGACCAAAUCUGUUGCAUGUUAAGAGAUACUUAUACCUAUUAUUUCUCUCAUCUUUCAGAAAACAGUGAGAAGAAGGAUGGUGGGGUAUUUAGUGUGAAGAAAAUCCUACACCUUCUAAAGAUUCCAACAGUGUUUUUCUUAAUAGUAGUUAAAGUAAUUACGGGGAUACCAUUUGGGAUUUUUCAGUCCAUGUUCUCAUUGGUGUCUAUGGAAUUUUUUAAGCUGGAACCUCAGCAGAAUGGCUUUGUCAUGUCGUAUGUUGGUUGCCUAUCAAUAGUAAGUUACUUGUAGUUAUUUUAAAAGCAGACAUAUAAUUUUAAAUUUGACAAAAGUUAUUCAGACUGUUGAAGUUCAAAAUUGAAGACAUCAUAGAAAUAUUUCAAAGGGUUUAAUAGUCUGAAUCUGAAGAAACCAUGAAAUCAGUGCAUGCAAAGAAUUUUACUUUCUUGCCUGAUACAUGGAUGCAAUAACAUUGUUGAGGCUAACCUAAAUGCCUCAUAAAGAGUAUCUUUAUUCAGUCAGGGGUAAUUAGAUAUCUGUUUACUGAACUGUUGAAGCUGCGUAUACCCAAAAGCCCACAUCCUGGAAGACAUUUGGUCUGACCUGCUUGCCCCGCAGCUUCCAUCUCAAAAUUUAGUUUCAGGUUUAUAUGCUCUUUGCAAACAACUAAUUUUGUCACUGGUUUGAACGAUCUUAUCCGAUCUGAAUUGAAAGGUUUGCUGGGAGGACGAUUAAGGGAUACGGGAAUUUGGGAGGGAAGAGAAAGUGAUGAUUUGGAGUGGGUGUUUCUUGUAACAGGUACAAUUGCAGACGUGCAGAAAUCUGCUUCUUAUAUGCGGUUGCCUGUCAAAGUUUAAAAACAUGUUAUUUUUUUACAAAAAUGUUAAUCAAGAAGUUAAUCAUGUUUUUAUAUUGUUUUAAUUGCACUAGAUUGUACAAGGUCUUAUUGUUGGUGUGUUGUCUAGACGAUUCAGUGAAGCUGUGCUUUUAAGAAGUUCUAUCUGCGUGAUUGCAUUAGCUUAUGCACUGUUGGUAAGGAAGUUGUAGAUACUUAUUGUUUUAGUUGGCAGGCUAGUUUAACAGUAAUUAAAUCAUCUCAUAGUCUGUUGUCUUUUACCUUGUAAGAUAGUUCUCACCAAAGUUUUGAGAGAGAUGAGUACUCCCAGAAACACAUGCUGCUUGUUUUAGGAAUGCCUUUUUGUAUUUUUUUGCUUAGUGAUCAGUACUAUAGUACCACAGUAGCCAAAUACCCAAACGUAACUAGACAAUACCUUGACUCGAUUAAUGUCUACAGUAUUGCUAGGAGUACAAUCAAUGUAAUCGCCGGACAACUUAGAUGGCUAAGUACUGACUUCAAUAGAGCGUACCAACGGCUAUAGCGAAUAAAGCGGUGAUAACUAGCGUACUUGCGUGCUAGCGUAUACUUGAAUGUAGCGCUGAUUACUAGCGUUCUAACGUACUAGCGUACCAUUUUUUACUGACUAGCGAUUAAAGUGGUGAUAACUAGCGUACUUGCGUACUUGUUAACAACAACUUGUAAAAAUUGUCCCAACAACCGGGAUGACCAGCUUACCAACGUACUAGCGAAUACAGCACUGAUAACGAGCGUUCUAACGUACCAGCGUACUAUUUUUUACUGACUGGCGCAUAAAGCGGUGAUAACUAGCGUACUUGCGUACUAACGUACUAGUUAACAAUGACUUGUAAAAAAUUGUGCCAACAACCGGGAUGACCAGCUUACCAACGUACUAGCGAAUACAGUGCUGAUAACUAACGUUCUAACGUACUAGCGUACUAUUUUUCACUGACUAUAAAAUGACUCAACAACUGGGAUAACCAGUACAGUAGAUCCCGGGUAACUCUGAAGGGAAAAAAAAAACAGUUUUAGUUAGCGAGGGUUCGAGUUAUUGGGGGCGACUGCAAUUUUCGGUGUAAAAAUUUGAUAGUGACUGAUUUUUCAGCACUUCCGGGAGUACAUAUAGUGCUACUGCAGUACAAGUUUAACUUAUUUUAUCACAAACGGUAACAUGCAUAGGCAUUUUUUAUAAUAAAACCUGAUCUGUUCAUUGCACCAAAUGGAGAACGAGUACCGAGUAGAGAAACAAGAGCCAGAAUUUUAGUUAUCAGGCUAAUUUUCAGUAACUUUGAUCAAGGGAAAGGAAAGUUAGUUUGAGUUAGUGAGGAAUUCGAGUUAACCGAGUAAAAUGACUGAAAAGUGGGGUGAAAUCCAAGGGAAAUUGGACUUAGUUUAAGUUAGCGGGAAGUUCGAGUUAUCGGGGUUCAAACUUACACGAUGAAAGUUCUUCGGUUCAAAGCUGUGAGACCCCCAAAGCGGCUAAUGGAACUUCAACGUCUUAAUAUGACAGUUCAUUUAAUUAGUUUGCUUAUAAUUCCUUGUCAUCUGUAAUUCAAAACAUUACGACAUGUACUGUCAAGCAUAUUGUGUUUUGAAAUAUUGAUAUAUUUCUGUUCUCUUAUUAGUACAUGGUAACAGAUAUCUACCAGUUCUGUGUUGUCAUUAUACCAAUGGUGGUGGGCGGAACUACAUUAAAUGUCAUCACAACCUCAGCUAUGACAAAGAGUGUCGUCAUCAAGGAAACUGGUGCAGUAUUGGGACUCUCCAUGGCAACCAACUCACUAAUAAGAACUGUCUCCCCCACCCUGGGGAGUAUUAUGUACAAGCAUUAUGGAUGGCCUUCCUUUGGUCUUCUUGGACUUGUUGUCAAUGCCGCUGUGGCUGUGUUUUUAUUUAUUCAUGGAAAGGAGACAUUCUGAAUAUAGUUUUAAAAGUAGGAAAAAGGAGGAUACAGGUUUAUUUAUUAAAUGAAAGGUCAAUGUGAUCUAUAUGUGCUGAAGUCAAAAGAACCUGAAAAAAGGAAGCCACAAAAAAUCAGGCUCCUUUUUUGCUUUCACCAUAUAUACAUAACACAUUGCAUAAUACUACACAAUGUCUUAUGUAAACAUGUAAUUAUUUCUGUAAGGAAUAAAAACAGACGCAGUAGUACAUCCC